UACACUUGCAACGCCUUCUUUCUUUACACCUUAAAUGCUUCACAUCGUUCACCAUUCCCCCUUCCCCCAGCAGCAGACUCCCGUAGCAAACAGCAAACGGCGACUUCUCGACAUGAUCAUGUGAACCGUCGUCGUCACUGCUUUGCUGAUUGCAUACACCUCUGCUGUCAUAUUGUGGGACUUCUUUCCUCCUCUCUGUAGAUGUAUGGCUGAACGCCCUUGGGACUUGCAGGGUCAUGCGGGGGAGAGCAGCCGAGCAUUCCCAUCUUCUCAACUCGCCGAGCAGAUGACCCGUUCUUAUGAUCAAGGAGCUAAUGCGCCGCAGCCGGAGAUGGAGCCACGCGUCAGGGCAGGCGCCUCACGGAGGCACCCGAGCUACCGCGGCAUACGGUACCGGAGCGGCAAGUGGGUGUCGGAGAUCCGCGAGCCGCGAAAGUCCACCCGCAUCUGGCUCGGCACGUACACAACCGCAGAGAUGGCGGCCGUGGCCUACGACGUCGCAGCGCAUGCACUCCGCGGCACGGACGCCCAGCUGAACUUUCCGGACCAAAUUGCCUCGCGUCCGUCGCCGCUCUCGUCCUCUCCGACCCAUAUCCGUGUGGCGGCGGCGGAGGCUGCCGCUUCCCUGAUGCCGAGUUCCGGAGCGGGCGACGAAAGCGAUGGCGCUGCCGCCGCCGCCGCCGCCGCAGUCGACACCGUUGCUUCGCAACAACAGCCAGGGAGUUAUAUAGAUGAGGAAGAGAUAUUCGACAUGCCGCAGUUGUUGGUGAACAUGGCGGAGGGGAUGCUCAUGAGCCCACCUAGGUUGAGUCCGCACGGUUCUGAUGACUCGCCGGAGGUUUCGGAGGGUGAGAGCUUGUGGAGCUAUCGUUAGGGAUAUGUUGGAUAGUACGAAGAGGGAGACUUCCAUUUUUAUCAGCAGCUAUUUUGCUAUUUGAGGAUAUCAUGCAAUACUAGCGUGUAGAUUUUGGUAUUAUGUAACUUGCUGGAGUUGGUAUAUACAAUAACCAGUUUAUAUUAUGCGUGAAAA